AUGUGCCAGUUCUGUGCCACGCUUCGGAAGUGGCCACUAUUUUUAGUAAAAACAAUAGCAAGAGCCUCGAGCCUCCGCCAAUCGGCAUCGGCAUCGAAGCCGAACGAAGAAGAAGGAUGCCCAAGCUUACGGCAAAACCAUCAACUAUCUGGGUCACAGCACUUUAAGCGUCCGAUGUCCAUUACGCACCGCUUCACCGGAAUGGCACUAACGGGCUACAUAACCGUCCUCGGACUGGGCGCCCUGGCCUUGCCACACGACGCCACGCACUAUCUGACCAUGCUCGAGGGCCUGAGCGCUCCGACGCUGAUCGCGCUCAAGUUCAUGAUCGCUUACCCGUUCGCCUACCACACCGUCAACGGUGUGCGCCAUCUGUUCUGGGAUUUGGGCAAGUUCCUGACGAUCAAGGAGGUCUACACUACCGGCUACACGAUGCUCGGUGUUUCCGGCGUUCUGGCUGGUGUGUUGACGGCGCUGUAAGCGCGGCGGCCACAGGCAGUCAAUGAGAGAGAGUAUGAGUAUGUUUUGAAAAUCUGCUAAUUUAUUUAAAAAGAAACCUGGCUAGUUGGAACAAAAACGUUGUCGAAUAAAACCAAAUUAAUUCCCACUGAAAAAGGGUCAC